UUUGCUUUGUAUUCCGUGGGAAAGUGUGUCUCUCGGUCGCGCCCAUCGGCGCAGGUGUGUCCGCUCUCCCACACUCCAAACACGGAAGUUCCAGGAGAGUUUGUUCGCGGUGCCACUGUUCUCCAGUUUGUCUCUGAGAUUCGAGUGGACCUGAGGUAACUUCGAGACGGAAACAGGGUCUACAUCCACAACUUUGUGACGCGGACUGGUGCGGCAGCGAGAGGCCAAUGUCGUCCGCCGCCCGGGUGCCUCCAGGCGGCCUCGCCGACAACAUGUCCGUGCACGGCAGCACCGAGGCGCUCAGCUCGUCUGCUGUCAACCGCAUGCUCCUGGACGUGCUGCUGUACCUGGGCAGGGCUGUGGUGCUGUGUUACCCGGUCUACCUGACGGGAUACCUGGGCCUCAGUGUCAGCUGGGUGCUGCUGUGCAUGGUCAUGAUCACCUGGUGGAAGAAGAACCGCCAGUGGAAAGACGUCCGAAUCGGCAGCGCCAUAAAGUUCGUGGACGAUGAAAGAAUCGUCAUUGACAAGGAGCUCCAGGGUGGACUGCAGAUGGCGUCGUGGAUCCACUUCCCUGAUGAAGAGAAGGUCGACUGGGUCAACAAGGUGUUGGAACAGGCAUGGCCUUUCUUCGGCAUGUUUAUGGAGAAGCUCCUCAGAAACAACAUCCAGCCGGCUGUCAGGCAGUCCAGUGGUGCGCUCAAAACUUUCUCCUUCACCAAGAUCCACUUUGGACACAAACCUCUGAAGAUCACCGGGAUCAAAGCCUACACCCAUGAAGUGGACCACCGGGAAGUGAUUCUGGACAUGAACGUCUGUUAUGAAAGUGAUGUUGACAUAGAUGGAGAAGUGAAGCCUGCUCUUACAGCUGGCGUCAAAGGUUUGACAAUGAAGGGGAUGCUCAGGGUUAUUCUGGAGCCACUGAUUGGUCAAGCACCGCUGGUGGGCGGGGUCACCUUUUUCUUUAUCCGCAGACCAACACUUGAGAUCAACUGGACAGGCAUGACGAAUCUGUUGGACAGCCCCGCCUUCAGCUCACUGUCUGAGGGGACCAUCAUGGACAUCAUCGCCUCUCUCAUGGUGCUGCCCAAUCGCAUGUGCUUUCCCCUCAUCGACCAAGUCAAAGUGGAUCAUAUGAGGUUCCCGCUGCCACGUGGGGUUGUUAGGGUCCACCUGCUGGCGGCGCGGAACCUAGUGGCCAAGGACACCUACAUGAUAGGUCUGAUCAAAGGCAAGUCUGACCCCUACGCGACUGUGCGCGUCGGCAACCGCCACUUCCAGAGCAAGACCGUGAAGGAGAGCCUGGACCCGACGUGGAAUGAAGUGUAUGAGUUUGUUGUUCACGAGGCACCGGGCCAGCAGCUGGAGGUGGAGCUCUUCGAUGAGGACACAGACAAGGAUGACUUCAUUGGAAGGUAUUUCCUCGACUUAGGAGAGGUGAAGAGGGAGAAGGAAUUGGAUAAGUGGUACACUCUUGAAGGAAUACAGCAUGGUGAGGUCCAUUUGAAGCUGCAGUGGUUUGGACUUCAGGAUGACGCCAGCCUGCUCAAGGAGAUUCCUGAUGGCUUCGCCAGUGCUAUGCUUGCCGUGUACCUGGACAGUGCUUCAAACAUCCCUAAAGACAACAGCGAGUUGACCCACAAUCAGAAGCCGGGGAAGAUCUCGAGGGAAGCCCAGCUCACAAGAAAGGCCUCCAGCCCCAGCUCCUUUGUGGAACUCUCUUUAGGUGAUGAUGUUCAGAAAAGCAAGGUGGCAUUUUCCUCCAAAGACCCUGUUUGGGAGGAAGGCUUCACAUUCUUUGUGCAUGACAUCAGCUCGGAGCAGCUAGUGAUUCAGGUCAAAGAACAUGAAAAGAAGACCGCCCUUGGUAUUCUCAGCUUGCCUCUCACUCGCUUGCUCAACACCUCCAACAUGAUGCUCGACCAGCGUUUUCUCCUGGAGCGUUCCGGGGCCAACAGCCAGAUCAAGCUGAAAGCAACUCUGAGGGUUUUAACGUUGGAAAAGCCACCACCAAAGGUCAUCAUUGAUCCUCCUCGUGACCCUCCGGCCCUGGCCGACCAAGGCCAAGACAUUGCAGCGUCCACUCUCUCCCUUCCGACACAGUCCUCCCUUGAACUUUCUUCCACUCAUCAUCCAGCUGCCCAAGCCUCUCCCACCGCAGUUCCCGAGCAAAACGGCGCCCAUUCCACAAAUGGACUUGCUCCCUCGCGGCCUUACGACACUUGGCAUCCUCCAGCCUCCAAAGCAAUGCGCCGCUACGACUCUCACAGCCUCCUGUCAGAGAACUCCAUUGCCUCUUCCAGGUUCGACCUUUCAGAUGGAGCCUCCUAUCCAGAACCCCUCAGAAAAUAUCAAGGCUCUCUUGGUGAGAUCAGUCUGACUAUACGCUACGCCACCUUGAGGAAGAAGCUGAUCAUCCUGGUCAACGCCUGCAGGAACUUGUUUCCUUCUAAUGAAAAUGGCACUGACUCCUAUGUGCGCAUCUAUCUGCUGCCUGAUCAAUCCUGGAGACACCGCAAGAGGACACAAGUGGUGAGGAGGACAGUCAACCCCGUCUACAAUGACAAGAUUGAGUUUGAGGUGCCACUCGAGGAGGCUCAGACAAGGAUGCUGGAUGUGUCUGUGAAGAACAAUAGAAUGUUUAACCUUCGGCUACGAAAGGACAUCGGCAUGACACAGAUCGACCUGGCACAGAUGGACGUGGUUAAAGGCGUCUCAGACUGGUUUGAGUUGACGUUACCUGGGUUGAAGAAAAGCAACUAGAAGAGCUGUUUGCACUGAUCACCGUGGGCCUGACAGAUAUUUAGAAAUAUGCUUGUUACACUUGCACCCUGAACAAUAAUAGUCUUCUGCCAGUGAUCUUUGUCUCGCUGUUACUGGAAAGGAAUUACUGAUAAAUAAAUAAAUACAUAUGUUUUACUGCACCUUACACAUUGUUGUGGUACUAUGUGAGCAUGUUAAUUCCUUUUACAUUUUUUUUAAUUUAAUGUUACAGUUAAAAAAAGUCAUUGUUCUAUGGGUUUGUAUAAUAUAAAUCACAUUUUUUUAUUUUUGCUUUGGUUUCUAUGGUGGGGAGAGUCACUUGGUCUUUGGCAAAUAUGUUGGAUUGUAAAUAUUUGUAUUUAUAUUUUAAUUUAAUAAAGGGGAAUAACACAA